AUGAAAAUCUGUAUCAUUGGAGCAGGACCCGCAGGUGUUGCCGUGGCCAAGGCUCUUGCCUUAGAGCCUGUUGAUGGUCUCGACAUCCAUGUUUACGAGAGAAACGCCACCGCAGGUGGACUGUGGUGUUACACCGGAAAAGAGAAGGAAAAGGUCUCGUGCACGAUUCCCGCCACUGAUCGCCGGACUGCCAAAGAGUUCGGUGUGGACGGUGUCCCGUAUGUUUCUGCCAUGUACGAGCACCUAGAGACCAACAUCGUGAAGGAUAUAAUGAAGUACAAGGACAUUCCGUUUCCGGAAAAAUGCGAGACCUUCCCUACUCGUCAAGAGGUUGCUCAGUAUGUGAUCGAUUAUACCAAGACCAUCCCUGAGACCGUCCAGUUCCAUUUCCGGACCACUGUUACGUCUCUGGAGAAGAAGGAGCGCUGGGAAUUGACGUAUGUUGACGGAAAUGGAAGACAAACCACCGACUCAUUUGAUCACGUUGUUCUGGCACACGGCCACUUCGACACUCCUUACGUGCCUAGUGUGAAGGGUCUUGUUGAGUGGAGUACUGCCGAUCCGUCGAGUAUUAUCCACGCCAAGUACUUCAACGACGUUGGCCGGUUUGAAAACAAAACCGUUCUUGUUGUUGGAAACUCGGCAUCCGGAAUCGACAUUGCAACUCAACUCACCACUUUUGCUUCCAAAGUGGUCAUCUCUGCCGCAUCGCCUUCUCCUGUUGCCGAGAUCCUAAUCAACGACGUUGCGCAGAUCGGCAAAGUGGACCAGUACAACGUUGCUGACCGGUCUGUCGUAACCGUUGAUGGAGAAACGGUUACCGGAAUCGACUAUGUUAUUUUCUGUACCGGAUACCUGUACAGCAUUCCGUUCCUCAAGUCGUACUUGGACGGCGAACAGGCCAUCCUGACUGACGGCGACCAGGUGCGGUACGUCUACGAGCAGAUUUUCUACAUCCCGGACCCUACGCUGAUCAACGUUGCGCUUUCGAAAAACGUGAUUCCGUUCCCGUUUGCCGAGUGUCAAGCACAGUACAUUGCUCGCGUGAUAACCGGCCGCGAGAAGCUACCAUCUAAAGAGGACAUGUUGAUACAAUAUGCUAAGGACGUGGAAGAAAAGGGAGAGGGAAAGAGUUUCCACGAUCUAAAGUUCCCAAAAGAUGCAGAGUACUGCAACCACAUGUUUGAUUUGAUUGCCAACUCCAAGUCGGAAGGCUUUGUGGCUGAGUACUGGGACGAGGAGCGCAAAGCUCUGCGCGGCAAGACCGGAGAUAUCAAGGCCAAGCGGCUGGAGAGAAUUGUACAGCACGCCCAGCAGCUCAAGAAGAACCACGAGAAGUUCCGGCUUCUGAGAGGCUAG